ACUCUGUAAGUGAAUUCAAAGUGAAAAACAGAAGACAAUAGCGAAAAAUAAAUGAAAUAAUAAUAAACAAAAAUAAUGAAAUAUGGAUUAUCCAUAUGUUAAAAGCAGAAAAGAUUCGAGUCCUGAUCGGUUAGAUGGAACACGGAAAAGUCUUGGAGCCACACGGAUAGACGGUAGCAAUGACUAUGGUUUCGACUGGUUGAAUGGUGGAUACAACUGGGAGGCAAGUCGCAGAGAAGAAUACGGCAUGUCACGACGGGAUGUACCAGAAGACUGGGACGCUCUUGGAACGACCCUCCGAGAUGACAGUGGCAACCGGAGACGUGACAAUUUAGGCCGAACCAUGAAAGAAAAUUUAGGCGCAACGCGGCGCGUGGAUUUAGGCGCCACAGGCGACACGCGGCAUAAGGAUUUUGGUGCGUCUGCUGCAGACGGCUUAAGAGCUACUAACGGGAAUCCAUAUCGGGAUAACAGGUAUGGUAAUCCUGAAGUGCCAUACUAUCGUCAGGUACUAGAUACAAGAAAGUACGGAGCAAGUAGAUCGAGCCCCAAUCCAACACCUGUGCGAGAAGAAACCAUAUAUCAUACUAUAGAACCGUAUGAUUACGCAGUGAAAGAGGGAAAAUACUUAAUAGGUAGUGGACAAGAGACAGGUGCCGGGAAACAGAGGCGUUGGACGAGUGUAGCAGCCGACAGAGAUCUGAUGCAAGAACGGCAGGCUAUGUUCGGUCAGAUAAGAACAAAAUGGGCACCCAGUUACAGACCAGACGAUCCGGCAACUGUCUCCAAAUGGUCCGAUGAAAAUUCAAGCAAGGAUGUUGACCCACGAAAGCGGAACCUUAGGCUGGUCAUUAUAGUAGCUGUAGUGGCUGUGGUUGUUCUGGUGGCAGCUCUUGUGCCCACACUCCUACUUACACUCGGGAAGGACGAAGAAAAAGAAGUUCUCGCCCAAUAUGAGUUUAAGGCUACAAUUACAAAUAGAGAGUACAGUGCAGACAUGGCCGAGAAUAACUCUGACGCCUUCAAAAACGUAGAAAACGAAUUUUGCGAUCAGCUGGAUCAAAAUGCUGCCAACAAGAGAACAGCGGAGUUUUCCUACGAUGGAUGUGCCGUAAAAGAAAUUAAAAAUGGCAGUUUGAUCAUUAUUUACUUAAUUGUCAUCAGAACUUCGGUCUCAAGCGACGAAACGCUACCAACACCACAAGAAGUGAGUACUGUUGUUGGUAUUGAAGUUGCCGCAGAUGAGCAACCUGUCGGUGAUUUGACGAUUGUAACUGUCGAAAUUGAAAUAACAGUUCCAACUGUCAUCACAGAGAAUGAGAAUCCUGUCAAGAAAAAGAUACAGUUCAACGGGGCAUGCUUGGUGGGUACUAAUAAAGAACGAUGUGUUACCAAACACUCUGAAUGUAUAGAAGGGGUUUGCAAGUGCCCAGUGGACAGAACCCAUGACUCUUCAUCCGACAUUUGCACUCAAAUUGACUGUGGUGAUGAACCUGUCAUAAACAACGGAACUGUAGCGUCAAACGGUACCAAAUAUGGGUCAACACUAAAUAUCACAUGUGAUGAAGGUUUCGAACUCUCAGAGAAUGCAACGAUUAAUUGUACCACACCAGGGACCUGGGGAAACAUGCCAUUAUGCAUGCCCGUGGAAUGUCCAGAGUUUAUAACACCAAACAAUUCUGAAAUAGACUCAAAUACCACUGGUCGCACAUAUACAGAUAUCAUUGAAGUCACAUGUAUAACAGGUUACGAGCUAGAUAGCAAUUUAUUUACGGUGUCCUGUUUGGCCAACCAGUCUUGGAGUGAGUCCCCUGUUUGUUCUGUCGUAAACUGCAAUGCAUCAGACAUCCCAGUUAAUACCAUUAUUUCAUGGGACAAACAGAAAUAUGAAUACAACGAAAACGUUACAGUUGAAUGUGACACUGGGUUUCAGCUUGAAGGUAAUGCUACAAUUAGUUGUCAAGCAAACGGAACAUGGGAACAUAUUCCAAAAUGUUCUCCAGUUGUCUGCGAGCCACUUCUGGUGCCAGAUAAUGCAGCUAUUUCUCCGAACAAACAACAGUAUGAAUACAAUGACAACAUAACAAUCGAAUGUAACGAUGGUUACAAAAUUCAAGGUGAGAACACGUCUAGUUGUCAAGCAAAUGGGUCGUGGACCGAUGCACCAACAUGCACUCCAAAAGAAUGCGAUCUAUUUGUUAUACCAGAAAACGCUGAAUUUACACCUAACAAAAGCCAGUUCUUUUACAGCGAAAAUGUAACGAUAAAAUGUGACAUUGGUUACGAGCUUCAAGGUAAUAAAACAAUUAGUUGUCAAACUGACGGAACUUGGAGAGAGGUACCAACUUGUUCUCCAGUUGAAUGCGGACGUUUUGAUGUACCAAACAAAGCAAAAUUAGAACCGGACAAACAACAGUAUAAUUACAGUGAAACCGUAACUUUGGAAUGCGAAAGUGGAUAUGAAAUCCGAGGUAACUUCACAGUAAGAUGUCAAGAGAAUGCAUCAUGGACCGAAAUACCGACAUGCAAACCCAUUUAUUGUAGUACACUACAAUUACCCGAACAUGCUGAAACAGAUUCAAACAUAACUGGACUAAACUUUGAUAAUGAAAUUUCUAUUAGCUGUCAAAAUGGAUUUGUUCUUGUUGGUGAGAGUAAAGUUUCUUGUAAUGCUAAUGGAACAUGGCCAGCUAUUUCCUGCGUACCAGCUAACUGUUCCACUGAAAAUAUUACAAUGCCAGAAAAUAGUGAAACAACAAUGGUAAACGAGACUGUAUCUACCUUUGAAGUACAAUGUAUAGAAGGUUAUACUAUCGUUGGAAAUUCUUCUGUAACAUGUACUGCUGGAAAUUGGAGUGAAUUUCCAAGUUGUGAGAUUGUAGAUUGUGGACCAUAUGAGCCAAGCGGGGAGACAUAUACAACUGAAUCAAAUUCUACAACUACGUACAAUACCUCUUUAUCGGUUACGUGCGUAGAUGGUCUGGAACUAACAAAUGACUCUAUGAAAGUAGUGUCAUGUGAAGCAGAUGGACAGUGGAAUGGACACAUCGAGUGUAAAAUUCCUGGGUCACUUACAUUCACGGAAAAGAACUUUGCGUUGAAAGAGGGGACAUCUGUAAAUAUUUCCUGCCAACUGAAGGAUAACCCAAACUGGAAAACCCUAAUCAUUGGGAAGGUUGAUGAUAAAAAUGGUGACAUUGUCAGUCAGAUAUUUACGAUCUCCAAUGUAACUGGCUCUGUCGUACAUACUACCUUCGAUAACAACUAUACUUCCAGCUACACGCUGGAUAAAGAUGGUGCUUUAAUUUCACUCGAACUUGACCCUGUGACAUGUGAGAAUGAAGGGUUGUAUAUGUGUGCUGCAAUUGUUGGCGCACUGGAAAGUCCAAUAGAAAUCAAUAAUGCCAGCACAACAGUAAAUAUAUCAACUGAGUCAAAAAUCCCAGAAAUAACCAUCCCGGACAAGAUAUACCUCGGUCGAGAAGCAAACGUUGAGUGCACUGGUCUUAUUGGAAAAGGAGAAUCUGGUCAAAUUGAAGGGCGCCUCGUACUUGAAACCAAUUUUGGGGACAAUGGUAGCAAUUUAACGUACAACGGGUCAGAUACUCCGGAUGACGUGGAUUGUUACUUCAAAGAUUCGAUUUCAGUACCAGUCCCUACAUCUACAGACACUUCAGGCUUGUGGGCACAGUGCGUUAUUCGUCCUUCCCAAGGAGAUGACCUACUGUCUGUAAAGAAAGAUAUUCAUAUUCUAACAUCAUAUGUUGCAUUUGAAAACAACGCGUACGUAUUCAACAUUGGCGAGGCGAAUAUGUCGUUUGUUUGUGAUAUAGAAAACAUACCAGACUGGAGACGGGUAGAGAUUAGAAGAUCUGACGGUAAUGUAAUAGUUGCCAUUAACAGUUCUGACCAAUCAACGGACUCAAAUGAACCACAUAUAAGUUUGAUUGCAGAUGAAAGCAACACAACGAACGAUUCUGUUAAGCUUGUUGUUGUUUUCGGCUCUGUGGAAUGCAGUGAUGCAUUGGGAGAUGUGGGCGAUGUUGAAUACGCAUGCGUAGUUAUGACUGAUAACACGACUACAGAGGCUAGGACUACAGUCACGUUUCAAAGACCUCCUCAGGAACCACAUCUUACUUUGUCACGCCAGAUUAUAGAAGGACAACCAACAUGGGCAGACAGGACAUUCAUUUGUGAAGGAGGUAUUGGAAACCCGCCAGGACAUAUCGAAGUGGAAAGUAAUUUUGACGGAGAAUUUGGAACUUUCCUAGCACCUCUUCCAGGAGAAAAUAAAACUUCAUUUGGAUUCAUUGUCGACGAUUCCGUAUCAGCAAUUGAUUGUGGAUUUCAUCAAACUCUCAUAUUUGCUCUUGAGAAUAUAACAAAAGAUUACAUGCAUCAGAAAUAUCUUCGAUGUGUAACGAAACCGUCAGAUGAUCUUAAAAAGGGGAAUGUAGAGUACUCAGAACAGAAAUUAGUUGAAGUCGUACCAAAAAACUUCUGUGAAGGGGCAACAGUGGACACUAUAUACAUGCAACAUCCAUAUUAUUGCCAUUUAGCUAUUAAAUGUAAUAUCGACGGUACUGUGAAUGGUGUCCCGGAUCCUUGUAAUUCUACCCAGUGUGCUGAUACAUCAACAGGCAUUACGCACACUUGUAAAAGUUGCGAUUCGAUUGGAGGUUGUAACAUAAAAAAGGUCCAGUGUGACAGAACAUCCUUUGGAGCCUACACAGGUGACAGUGUCUCUUUUACUUGCCUUACUCAAGACUUUGGCGAAGUAACACACAUCUCUCUAAACGGUAGUAUUGAUGAGGAUAUAGAUGCCGUUGACACGACUAUACCAGUGACCAAAGAUGUUAAUAUCAUUGUCAGUGAAUAUGAUUUCGUGCUUAGUUUUGCCAGCGUGUCAUGUGACCAGGAGGGGAAUUACGUCAUUAGGCUUAAUAAUCAAACUGAUGUUGCUCUUACCUUAAGUGUUAUUUCUGAACCAGAUAUCCCAAAUAUACUUGUUCCUGAAGUAAUGACUGCGAAUCGGGAGAUGAAAAUCAACUGCAGCGGCCAAAUAGGGCGGGAUGAAGUGGGCAACAACAAAACAGCUAUCUAUCUUGAAAUCAUGCAUCAGGAUUCCAAUGAAUUUGAAGUACCUAAUGGCUAUGAGACGAGGAUACCAUUAGAUGGGAAUUGUGAAAUCUCAGAAACAGUCAUGUUUAGCGUGACACCUGACGUUAGCUGGAAUAACUCUGACGUUAGAUGUAAAACUAAGAAUGACUCCGGGGAUAUAACAUAUUCGACACAAAAGACGAUCUUAUUGGAAGUACCAGAUAUAUUUUGUGAACCAGCUUUACAGUCAUCACCAAUUGGCGGUUCCAUUAUGUACACGUGUUCCUUGAAAGACAUUUCCGAUGUUUCAAGUAUUGUUGUCAAUAGAAACACAACUGACUUAUUAAACGAAGACAAUGUGACUCUGCCUUACGAGCAUACAGUUGAUUCUGCAUUUUCAGUGGCAAUACCUUCUAACACCAAGUUAGAAAUAAAUUUCGAAAAUGUUACCUGCGAUAAAGAGGGAGAAUAUAACGUUAUCGUAAAUGGUGUUCUGCACGCGACACUUGCACUAAGAAUUGUUUCUCCUUCGGCGGAACCGAGUUUGAAUAAACCAUCGGAAGUAAGACUUAACCAGCAGCUUGAAAUCAGUUGUAGCGGAGAACUUGGCAGGGACCAAGAGGGGAAUGCGGAAAGCAAAAUGUUUCUGGAAGUCAAAUUUGCGAAUGAUGACGAUUAUUCUAUUUACGAGGACGAUAUAGAACGAGGUCUUGUGGUAUUCAAAAAUUGUCAGUAUACGCAAACUGUUCGUUUGAUAUUUUAUCCUGAUGUAAGCUGGAACAAUUCUAAGGUUAAAUGUGUUGCACGUAAUGAAACAGACGUUGUUGAAUCAUCAUCAAGCCAAGAUAUAACACUUGUUAGUCCAAAUACAUAUUUCGAAAAAACCGAUGUGAUUGGAAUCAUAGAUGAGCCCGUGACGUUAACAUGCAUCGUAAAGGACGUUCAAGAUCUUUUUGAUAUCAUUAUCUCGAAGGGUGAAAAUCACACCAGUAUAGCGGCAUACUCGGCAAAUUUAGGAAUAGAUGGCGUAACAGUUAUAGCUGAGCAUAGUGGUCUGAAUGAUUCAUCUGGAGUUUUAACCAUCAACAUGACUGUACAAUGUGGAGAUGACGGCAAAUAUUAUUGUGAACCAACUGGCUCUGGAACGUUGCCAGUAACGUCGUCAGUAACGUCUCUGUUUGUAAAUCGCAAACCAAGCGUGCCUAUUCUAGAAAUGUCACGGGAAAUAAUUGAGAACAAGUUCACCUUGGGCGACAGACUAUUUUACUGUACAGGAGAAUUAGGAGACCCGCCUGGUAAAAUAGAAAUACAAAGUAAUUUCAAUGGAUCGUUCGAAACCUUCUUGUCACCACAAUCUGAACUAGAUGACAACGGCAUUGGGUGGAUUGUAGAUUUUAAAACAAAUACAACAGACUGUAUGAAUUUUGUUACUGUUAGUUUUGCAUUUCACAAUGUCACUAUGGAAUUGCAAUCAAAACGCUUAAGAUGUGUUAUACAUCCGUCUGAUGAAUUCUCGGCUACAGGUGACCUGUCGGAUGAAAAAUCAAUAAAUAUAGUUCCAGCGGACUUCUGUGUCGGGAAAGCUGGCUAUGUUUCGCAUCCAUAUUUCUGUCAUCUUCGUGUGCAGUGUGACAGUCUGGCGAAUGGAAUAAUUGAAGGUGUUCCUAAAGGUUGUGAAGAGCAUAUGUGCUAUGAUGGAGGACAGUGUGUUGAAUGUAUUUGCAACAUUACAGAACCUACUACCACUACGAGUACAACAUCAACUACUCCAUCACCCGAUUCAACAUACAUGGAAUGUGAAGAUCUGUUAGAUGGCGUAUACGGUGAAAAUGCCGAAGUCACAUGUACAUUGAAUAACAUUGUUAUCGACUUUAACAAUUUGACCACCGCUUCCGUUACCAUCAACGCUGAAAAUGAGCUUGGCAUGAUAUUCGAUUCAAGUCAAGGCGUAUCAAAUGACUCAUUUCCAUUAACGACUUCAAGCGGCAACAUUAUUAACCUUGAACCAAGUCGGAUAGUCUUGGGAUUCGAGCCACUGGAAUGUAAACACGUUACCUCAUAUACAUUUAGGUAUCAGAGUAUUGAAGACGUUGUCAAAGUUGAUAUGAAAGCAAAUGCUUCCACUCCAAUUAUUACGAAACAACCAUCCGAGUAUUACCUGAAUCAAGUAGUUGCAAUAAAAUGUUUUGGUGAUGUUGGGCGGCCGAAAGGAAGUUUAGUCAUGAAAAAGAAGAACUUCGGUGGAGAUUCUUGGAUAGUAGUAACUGAUGUUUCGCAAACUGAAUCUGAAACUACUAAUUGUACUUUUGCUAUUGAAGUUUUGCAUUCGUUUUAUGUCACUAACAUUACGGAGGGUGACCAGUAUAAUUGCGAAUCAACAGGUUCGAAUGGAGAUAUUCAUCUGUCUGCUACGGAAUCAGUUGCCAUUUCUGAACCAGUGGUAUAUUUUACCAUGGAUAACGAUAAAGCUGAAAUUGGAAGCGCAAAAACAAUACAGUGUAUUCUGGAUAACAACGCAGGCCAAUCUGGAAUAAUAAUUUCCAAAAGGUCUAGAGAUUCUAUGCAACAGCUUUGUACAGCAAGCAACACAAAUAAUACUCUGGAGUGUCAGGCGGAUAAAUACAGCGGCACCAUCACAGCAGAUGGAACAAGGGCAACUGUUUCCAUGACGAUAGCAGAAGUGUCGUGUGACAGUGAAGCAAAAUAUUUCUGUGAAUCGGCUGAAGAUUCAACUUUGAGUGCUCAAAUGUACCUCAGUGUCACACGUGAACCUACGACGCCUGUGCUUGAAUUUCCAACAACAGUUGUCGAGGAUCAGGUAACAACUACUACGGACCUUUUUACAUGCACUGCCGAUCUUGGAUAUCCCACUGAUGGUCUAACACUAAAAGUUCAAUACCGAAAAGAUGGCACUGAAAAUUAUGAAGAUUUCACACUUGGGACACUGACCGAAAAUGUAGGAAAUUGUUCAGAAAAUGUAACAACAUCGGCAAGGAAAUCUAUACUUUUCGAUUCGUCUUGGAAUGAAACUGAAUUUAGGUGUGGAAUAUGGGAAAGUGGAAAUGCGGAGCCUUUUCAAGUUUCACCAACGAAAAUGUUGAAGAUGUUGACCAACCUUUGCCUAUCAGAGGAGGGAAACGAAUCUACGUAUUUUUAUCACCCAGUUGAGGAAUAUACUUGUCAUCGUUACAUUCAAUGUUAUUCUAAAACUCUGUAUGUGAAAUCAUGUCCACCAACAACAUGCGCUAACAUAACUAAUGGCGUUCUUGGAUGUGCUCACUGUACAGGGUCGUGUAUUCAAAGCUAAUAGUUUAAAUAUAACUGAUAGAUAGAUUAGGUAUUGUACUUUCAGUGCCAUAAAUAACAGUCACGCAUUCAGAUUUCAUAUGUCUCUUUUUCUACUUCUUACAAUAAAGAAUAGAUUAUAGAAAUACAUACAUAUCAUGUUGUUUCAACCGAUGAUAUAGAAUUGUGUCUGAGAGAAUUACUCGCCGUGGACUUUUUUAUUUAUGACAUUUCCAUUCUGAUAUGUUGUUCAAAAGGUAGGUUUGCAACAUGCUUCGCAGGCAGAGAUAUUUUUGCUCAUUUAUAUUCUUCAUAGCUAGUUUCUAAAUGGUUACUUUUUAUUUCUUUCACUCACACCUUUUUUUCGCAAGUAUUCUAAUAAAUCAUCGACUUGCUUCUAUAUAUCCAAAUGCAUGAAUUAUGUUCAUUUGUUAAAUGAUUAGAUUUUUUGAUUUUGUUGUUGCUUGCUCCAACCGGUAGAUACUAAUAGUUCGAACUCACAACAUAAUACUUUUUAUCAUAAAGGUAGUCCUCGAUAACGGUAGAACUAAUGUAAAAAAAUAAUAAUUAUAUCUAUUUUACUACAUGUAUUUAUAUGAUUUCGACGUUUCAUAUUUAUUAACAGUUCAUUAUUCGGUGUUGGGUCAUAAAGUGAAGUAGAUUCCUGUUGCCUUUGUUACUUAUUUAACCGAUGAUUUGACUGAUCAAUAAAAUAUAUGAUAUUUAUUUGAUACAUGAUUGUUGUAUACAACAACUUAUGAGUGUUUGGCAGAUAUUUUCUUCAUGCCAAUUUUAGGUUUAUUUAGUAGGCAUUUUCAUUGUUACUCCGUGAUAUCUAAGUUAUUCCGCGGAUUUAUUUUAAAGACAAAUAUACAUAUUUCAUAUCAAACAUAUCCAAAAAACAAAGCUAGUCCUGUUUUAUUUCGUAUAUGAAUAUACCAAGCAAUAACCUAAGUCAAUGUUAAUUGAGGAAUUUAUUUAUAAGUCAAAUCGAAGAACGAUUAAUAAUAUCAUAUAUCCUUAACCUGUAGUCGGAAAUUAUUAUUGAAGCGUCUUGUAAGAACCAUACGGAGUAGGUUAAUUUAAUUUAAGAACAGUAUCAAUGACAAAGCAAAGGCUUCAAAAAUCGAAAUCUGCUGACGAAACAAAAUAAAUAGGUCAAGUCGAAGAAAUGCGUGUCGGCGGGAUAUUUUCUGUAAUAAGUGGUAAAAUAUUCAUAUUUCCUCCUGUAAUAAUUAUUGCACGGCAUUUCUAAAAGCUUUUGAAAAUGCACUUAAUAAUCUUUCAGCUGUCGAUUCCAUUUUCUUUGUUUUGCCAAAAAUGUUAAAAUGCCAUCUGAUUGUUUAUUGUUCAUCUACAAAUAUAUCCAAUUGAAUAAGUGUAUUCAGGGACGUUUAAAGAGUUUGGCACAUCUAUUUAAGACGUAUUCAGUACAGAAUGCAAUUUCGUCAAUAGUGUAACGGGCCGAAGUUAGUUCGAAUCCCGACUAGGGAUAGUUUCACAUUAACAAAAAAAACUACUAUAGAAAAUUUACAACAUUAUUCAAUGUAUUACACACACAAAAGAUGUAAAUUCACACAAUUGGGCGAAACACCCUUACCACAGCGCCCAAGCUCCUCCCUGAGAUAAUCUAAGGUACAAUUACAACUAUGUACUCAACAAUUUGUCUGAAGUCAGAGCACCAAGAAUAUAACUUUUAAAGGCACGACUAUACAAUCUGCAAGACAGAAUUCCACUCCCUCCGUUCGUUUGUUUUGUAGGAUUUAGAUGUGGUGUCUAACACUUAAUUAGUCGUCGUACCAUCAAACAGAAAAGCGACUAACUGUUGAGCGGUCAGUCACCAAACACGCACUGCCAUGUAUGAUUUUCACAUUAUAUCCUCUUUUAAUAAACAUUUUACACAUUUUACAACUAAUUGAUUAAAUUAAGCAUUACGUUUAAUUUUCCAAAUUUGAUAGCAUCCUCAUAGCAUGCGGAGUGUGUAGUGUUUAAGGUUUGUGUUAUAUUUCUUUAAAAGUUCGGACGAUCUGUUGUAAUAUUUAGUGAAAGCCUUCCGUAGUUUGUGGAUGUAAUAACUUUUUGGUAAUAUGAAGAUUUCUAUCAUUAAAAUCGUCUAACUUUUAGCAAGUUCUUGCAAAACGCAUUAAAAUCAAUAAAAACGUAGUUUCAACAAAGAAGUAAGAAAUAAAAUGCGUAUCUUACAUGAAAGAAAAAUUCUGGUUUAAUACAUUUUACCUAUAAUUAAAGGGAGUUAAAAAUCUGUUCAGCAGAGUUUCAGUAAUUGAUACCAUUAGCGUUUGGUUGACACAGUUUAUAAUGAUGGGAGAUUGGCCAUUUAGAUGCAUAAAUAUGCAUAUACGUAAGGGAUAUAGGCUACGUAGAUGACAAAGGUGUAGAAAAAAUAGAUGUUAAUGCGACGUAAACUUUAUUUCUCGUGUAAUGAAACAAAACAAAUAGCCAUAUCAAGGUCAUAUUUUAAUCAACGACAGUCAAGUCAAUUGAGAAAUACAGUAGCUUAGGUUAUACAUUGAACCCUAAAACAGCUGUUACUAAGUAAUUAUAUAGCUGCUUCCAUGUCUGCCGAUGGAUAAAGUAUCCUUUGUCAAGCUGUCCAUUAAUUAGUAUUUUCCUAAAACAUAUAUGUACGUUACGUCAUUACAUUUCAUAACCGACAACAAAAUGUAUAUUUGCAUAAUUAUUGUUUAUUUCAGAGUAAAUAAGCAUUUUGUGAAGUGAACGAAAUCUGAAUUCUUCUCUGUGUAAAUUCAUGUUACAGUUCACACUAAUAUACCGAUUCUUUUGGAGCAUACGAUACUAAGCUAAACUAUGUUAAAUCUUCACUAUAUCGUAACUAUAUAAUCCAGAGAAGUUUUUAUAUAUGAACACAAUUAAACAUUUUCCUUUUUAAGCAUAUAUCAAUUGAACAAAAUAAAUGAAUUAUUUGCUAAUUUUCAAGGUUGUAUUGUAAUUACAGACAAACUGCAAAAUGUAGUGCAAAUUAUUUAUCUCAUGCAGUAUGUACCGCUGACAUCAAAUAUCGAACAAAACUUAGUUUAUCUAUUCAUUUGCAUGAUACAAGUGCUGGUAUAAUUCACUGAGUACAUACGUUAACUCUGCUAUGCGGACGUUAUCGUGAAAAUAUGCAUAUUAAAUACUGUUUUCAUUGUAUCAUGUGCUAUAAUCACGAAACAUGUAACGCCAGUAGAGUAUUAAUUGUACAUGUAUUUCUGUACAUAAUUAUGUUUUUCUUGUGAUGAAUAAUAAAGAUAGUAAAUAUUUUGUUUGAUAA